UUGGUCAAUUAUUAAAUGAUCGAUGGCCGUACAUCGCGUUUAGUUCACGCACGUUCUCUUAUCAAACUUUACAAUAAAGGCAUCCUUCUAUACCAGUGCGUAUAAAGGUUGCUUCCGAAACAGACAAAUAACAAGUAUAGUCGCGAUUUUGUAAAAUUAUAGCUUGACAAAAUAAUCAACCAUGAAGCUGAUUUACGUCUUUCUCGUCGCUUUCCUUUGCAUCAGCGGAUCAUUAGGAGAUGGACUUAAAUGUACACUGAAACCUGCUGAUGUACCAAAAGCAUGGUUGGACAUGGUUGAACCAUGUACAAAAAUUUUGGAAUCACAGGUCAAAACUGAAAUUGAAGCUGCUAUGACUUACCUCGCAAUGGGUGCCCAUUUUGCUCGUGAUUCAGUGAAUCGUCCUGGAUUCAGCAAAUUUUUCUUCGAGUCUGCCAAUGAAGAAAGAGAACAUGCAAUAAAAAUUAUUGAAUACUUAUUAAUGCGUGGUCAAUUAACAAACGAUGUUAGCAAACUUUUGAAAUUCCCAUUGUUGCCAUUGCGUGAAGACUGGACAAGUGGUCUUGAAGCUCUUACAGAAGCUCUUAAUUUAGAAGCCCGAGUUACUCGUAAUAUUCGUGAAAUCAUCAUCACAUGUGAAAAUCCGAAACCCAGCCAUUUCAAUGACUAUCAUCUGGUAGAUUACUUUACUGGAGAGUUUUUGGAUGAGCAAUACAAAGGUCAACGAGACCUUGCUGGAAAAGUUUCAACUUUGGGUAAAAUGAUGGCAACACACGGAGCAUUAGGAGAAUUCUUAUUUGAUAAGAAACUUUUGAACGCUGAAGUUUAGUUUGUAUUGUCAUCAAUAUUAUUUCAACAAAUUUAUAUGAAAUAAUGGCCAUAUUUAGGUUAAACAAUAUAGUUUAGUUUGGUUUAAUCUUAAGUGGAUAUAAAAAAAA